AUGCGAUUAAAACGUGAAUUGGAUUUAUUCGCUAACGUUGUUCACAUAAGAACUUUCGACGGAAUCAAAACGCGACACAAUAAAAAGUUAGAUUUUAUAAUCGUUCGUGAGCAAACCGAAGGUGAAUACUCAUCGCUGGAACACGAAUUGGUGCCUGGCGUUAUUGAAUGCCUUAAAAUAAUGACACGAACAAAGUGUGAUCGUAUCGCGAAAUUUGCCUUUGAUUAUGCUACUAAGCAUGGAAGGCGUAAAGUGACGGCUGUGCAUAAAGCGAAUAUAAUGAAACUUGGCGAUGGACUCUUUUUGAACAGCUGUAGGGAGGUUCGUUUCUGA